GAGAGCUGUAACCUCAUCAGAUUAAUUCAUUUGAAUGGACUACUGGAUGGUAACUGUAGGCAGGUGGGGGCUUGGCUAGAGGAAGUAAGUCACUGGGGGUGUGAUCUUGACUAUCUUGUAACUGGUUUCUCUCUUGCUCUCUGCUUCCUGGCUGCUAUGAGCUGACGGCUUUCGAGCAAUGAAGUUGGCCAACAAUCCAUCAUGUUACAGAAAAUGGAGGACUAUAUAAAAGACCCUUCAAUGAAGCUUUUGAAGAAACGCCCAUGCUGGUUGCCGUGCUCACAUAUGUGGGCUAUGGGGUGCUUACCCUCUUUGGAUAUCUUCGGGAUUUCCUGAGGCACUGGAGAAUUGAAAAGUGUCAUCAUGCAACAGAAAGAGAAGAACAAAAGGACUUUGUGUCAUUGUAUCAGGAUUUUGAAAACUUCUAUACAAGGAACCUCUACAUGAGGAUAAGAGACAACUGGAAUCGACCGAUCUGCAGCGUGCCUGGAGCCAAGGUGGACAUCAUGGAGAGACAGUCUCAUGACUACAACUGGUCAUUCAAGUAUACAGGGAAUAUAAUUAAAGGUGUUAUAAAUAUGGGUUCCUACAACUAUCUUGGAUUUGCACGAAACACUGGAUCAUGUCAAGAAGCAGCUGCCAGGGUCCUAGAGGAGUAUGGCGUUGGAGUGUGCAGUACUCGGCAGGAAAUUGGAAACCUGGACAAGCAUGAAGAACUAGAGAAGCUUGUAGCAAGGUUUUUGGGAGUAGAAGCUGCUAUGACAUAUGGCAUGGGAUUUGCAACAAAUUCAAUGAAUAUUCCUGCUCUUGUUAGCAAAGGUUGCUUAAUUCUGAGUGAUGAGCUAAACCAUGCAUCGCUGGUUCUAGGUGCCAGACUGUCGGGGGCAACCAUUCGAAUCUUCAAGCACAACAAUAUGCAAAGCCUAGAGAAGCUAUUAAAAGAUGCCAUUGUUUAUGGUCAGCCUCGGACACGAAGGCCCUGGAAGAAAAUUCUAAUUCUUGUGGAAGGAAUAUAUAGCAUGGAGGGGUCUAUUGUUCGCCUUCCUGAAGUGAUUGCCCUCAAGAAGAAAUACAAGGCAUACUUGUAUCUGGAUGAGGCUCACAGCAUCGGCGCCCUGGGCCCUAAAGGUCGAGGUGUGGUAGACUACUUUGGCUUGAAUCCUGAGGAUGUGGAUGUCAUGAUGGGAACGUUCACAAAGAGCUUUGGUGCUUCUGGAGGAUACAUUGGAGGCAAGAAGGAGCUGAUUGACUAUUUGCGCACACAUUCUCAUAGUGCAGUGUAUGCCACAUCUCUGUCACCCCCUGUGGUGGAGCAGAUCAUCACCUCAAUGAAGUGCAUCAUGGGGCAGGAUGGCACUAGCCUUGGCAAAGAAUGUGUGCAGCAGUUAGCCGAGAACACUAGGUAUUUCAGGAGACGACUGAAGGAGAUGGGCUUCAUCAUCUAUGGAAAUGAAGAUUCUCCAGUGGUGCCUUUGAUGCUCUACAUGCCAGCCAAAAUUGGCGCCUUUGGACGAGAGAUGCUAAAGCGAAACAUUGGUGUAGUUGUGGUAGGAUUUCCUGCUACCCCAAUUAUUGAGUCCAGAGCCAGGUUUUGCCUGUCAGCAGCUCAUACCAAAGAAAUACUUGAUACGGCCUCCGCUUCCCCAGAUCUCAACUCUCCUGGGGAAGAGGAGAUACCCCCGCUCCCUGGAACCCACCUGCAGGCAGGGCCAUGCCAGCACAGGUGCCAGACUCUACGGGAGCCAACAGCCUGGACCCCAGGCAAGGCCACCUCUCCCAAGACCCUGGAGGACAGUCCCUUGCUAAUGGAGCUGCAGAAACUGCCAGGAAUGGCCAACACAGACCUGGGCACCCGGAACCCCAACAUCCAGGUGACCAUCGAGGUGGUAAAGGACCCCCAGGCUGAGGUGGAGAUGGACUUGCUGGCCGAGCCCAGUCAUCGCUGGCCCCAGGAUGCCCCCAGCCAGAUGCCCACCAAAGAGCUCUUCUGGCCCCUCUUCUGGAGCUACCUGGAAGAUGAGGAAGGGGACACUGGCUUCAGGGACAGAGCCCCAGGGGAAGAGGAGGAGGUGGGAGAGGAAGAGGAGGAUUACCUUUCCGAGUACAGCGAGGGCGGGGACCAGGAGGAUGCCGACGAGGACGAGGUGCCUUGGUCUGGUGGGGCCACAGAUGGCUGGUCCUUCAGGGAGCUCGACAGCUAUGACUACGAGCUUCAGGAGGAGUGGAGCCCCUGGUCUCCCUGCACUGGGAACUGCAGCAGCGGCAGCCAGCAGAGGACUCGGGCCUGUGGCUAUGCCUGCACUGCCACCCAGACCCGUACCUGUGAUUUGCCCCCCUGCCCUGGCGCUGAGAACAAGGACAACUUGGGCUUUCCCAGCGAGGGGCGGCAGCCCCUGGCCCACAACGCUACGGACUUGCUUGGCCCAGAUGUGGACAGCUGUGAGAAGUGGCUGAACUGCAAAAGUGAGUUCCUAGCCAAGUAUGUGAGCCAGGUGCUGCGGGACCUGCCCAGCUGCCCGUGUGCCUACCCGCUGGAGGCCGUGGAUAGUGCCGUGAGCCUGCAGGACGAGCACCAGGGCCGCAGCUUCCGGUGGAGGGACGCCAGUGGCCCACACGAGCGCCUGGACGUCUACCAGCCCACGGCGCGUUUCUGCCUGCGCUCCCUGCUGUCGGGGGGCAGCAGCACGCUGGCCGCCCAGCACUGCUGCUACGACGAGGGCAGCCGGCUGCUGACCCGUGGCAAGGGCGCCGGAGCCCCGGACCUUGUCAGCACGGACUUCUCACCUGAGCUGCACUUCAAGGUGGACAAGCUGCCCUGGAUCCUGUGUAAGGGGGACUGGAGCCGUUACCAUGCUGUGCGGCCCCCCAACAAUGGCCGGGCCUGCGCGGACAACCCCCCUGAGGAGGAGUAUCUGGCCCAGUUGCAGGAGGCCAAGGAGUACUGAUGAGGGGCUGCCGGACAGAUGCUGCAGGGGGCAGCUGGGGGCUGCUGAACUGCAAAAAGUCCCUUUCAGGCCCCUCACCCCACCCCUUCCCAGACCGGGUGAGUGCUAGGGGUCAUCCUGUAAGGCCAGUCUGGUGCCCCAGGCCUUCUGCUUGUGACUCCAAGGCAGGUCAGGGACCUAGGUGUCCAGGGGAUUUGAGGAGAAGGUUGAAGGGAUCUAGGACCCAGGGUGCGGGGAAGGAGCCUAGGCUUCAGGGCACCUGGGAGUGUGAUGGAAAUGCGGACAUACCAUGUGUCCUGGCCCUCAGUCCUACCUGUUUGCUGGUAGGAACUGUCCCAGCCUGGCUACUGGUUUUUCUCCCUCUCAGAACUUGAGAUGGGUCCAGGAGGGUGCCAUGUGCCUGGAGUGAUUAUGAAUGAGCAAUCUGGCAGGAAAAGAGCCCUGAUUGGUAGCACUUGGGUAAUUUCUGUGGUGUAAACACUCCCACCAAUGGCCCGUUUGAAGUUCCUGGCGAUGUCACUGAAUGCACUGAGUUCAGAGUUGGGAGGAGAUGUGCCUAAGGUCUCAGCACACCUCACGCCUCUUCCCAGUCUCCCCUUCUUCCCCAAACCACACUUCUGUGAGUUCCAACUCUCCCUGUUCACAAGAGGUGGGAGACUUAAGCCUCCACCCCUAGACAGCUGCCCUGAGGCUGGCUUUCUGGGAUUCUCAGCAAUAAAGCACUUUAUUUUCAAA